AUGCCAGAUACUGUAAAACUUCCUGCUUGGGCUGAGAGUCCAGUUGAUUUUGUGCACAAGCAUAGGAUGGCUCUGGAGAGCGAGUAUGUAUCUGCUAAUUUGCAUGAGUGGAUUGAUCUCAUAUUUGGGUAUAAACAACAGGGCAAAGAGGCUAUUGCAGCAAAUAAUGUUUUCUUUUACAUUACCUAUGAAGGGACAGUGGAUAUUGAUAAAAUAUUUGACCCACAUGAUAUAAACAAGGCAAUCCUUGUGACCAAUACAAGUUGCAGAGAAACUGAGGAAAAUAGAAAAGAUUAG